UCAAAAUUAUCCCGUCUGAUUUUUGGCUCAUUUCAGAAAUGGGGCGAAACAAUUUUGUUGAUCACAAGCUUGUUUAUAUUUCUUUCUCUUUCGAUUUGUCCGAAUCGUUUUCGUCUUCGUUUCUGCUCCUUCAACAGUGGUUUUCUUCCUCUUUAAUCGGACAUUCAGUUUUUCUUUUUUUGUUCUAUUUCUUAAGCAUUUUGUGGGAGAUGAUACAUGAUGCUUGCUGAUGACUAGCUACAUUGUUUGCCCAAGUCAAAUUAACGUAAUUCCCUUUUGUUAUUUAAAAGUAAUUUUCUUUUUGAGGUCUUUAGUUAUUCAAAGUAGCUGUUUUUUCUGAGGGCCUUAAAUCGAGCUUGGUCCCUCGCCUGGGGAUCAAAGUAUAUAUUCUCUCCAUGUUCCUAGUCCUGGUAAAACCGUUGGUCCACAGCCAUUAAAGAUGCAUAUUUUCAAAUGUGAGUCCAUAGAUUCAAGUGGGAACGUCCCUAAGAUGUAUAUUAGCCAUCCAGAAGGCUACAGGAUAGGUGGGUCAAUUGCAUAGAUACACCUUCUUGGUUAUUAGGAAUUGGAUGGGUUUGUAUCUCUCCAUUUCCCUUCUGAUCAUUUUCUUUCUUUUAAUUUUCUUUAAUUGUUUGAGAGAGACAAGCAACCGGUUUCUUCGUCUGAGAACCAGCAUGGCGUUGCUUGCAAUCUCAGCCAGCCUAUAAGGUUGCUUGGACUUAGUUCAGGUUAUUCUCUUCCAAACAAUUUUUAGAGCAUCUUUGUUUGCAUUGGCCUUCUACAUUUCAUAGCCGAUCUCCUCUAGCGGACAAUGCUUCUUCUUCUUCUUCUUGUUGGCCUAAUACAUUUUCUGGAGAAGCAUAGAUGCAUAGGUCGUCGGUAAUAUCUGCUUUGUGAUGGUGCAUAUAGAGGCUCUUGUGCCCUGCGACAUGUCUAUGAAGGACUUUCUUAAAACACUGAAGGAGUUCGGUAAUUUACUUCAUCAGUUGGUGCCUCAAAAUUAUAUGCUAGGUUAGUGGAAGUUCUUCCAACCAGUAUCUCAGAUAUCAAGAGCUUAUACUUCAUAAUUUGUGCCACCAUGUCAAUCUUGUCGAGACUACGCUGCAUUACUGUGGAUGUUACUGGUACACUAAUGGCUUACAAAGGGGAGCUUGGUGACUAUUAUUGCAUGGCGGCCAAAUCUGUUGGCUUACCUUGCCCAGACUACAAACGCGUGCAUGAGGGCUUUAAACUUGCAUACAAAGACAUGGCAAAAAAGUAUCCGUGUUUUGGGUUUCAUGCCAAAAUGGCUAACAUUGUAUGGUGGAAAACAUGCGUGCGAGAUUCCUUUCUCAGGGCUGGAUAUGAAUACGAUGAAGAGACAUUUGAGAAGAUAUUCAGACGCAUAUAUGCUUCCUUUGGUUCUGCAGCUCCUUACAGCGUGUUUCCAGACUCCCAACCAUUCCUGAGAUGGGUCCGUUCAAAGGGCCUUAAAGUUGGCAUUGUGAGCAAUGCAGAGUAUCGGUAUCAAGAUGUCAUACUUCCUUCCUUGGGUUUAAAUGAGGGAAGUGAGUGGGACUUUGGUGUGUUUUCUGGUCUUGAAGGAGUUGAGAAGCCAAAUCCCAGAAUUUAUGAGAUUGCCCUUGAGAGGGCUGGAAAUAUUGCCCCACAAGAAGCUCUUCACAUUGGAGAUAGCAUGCGCAAAGACUAUGAGCCAGCAAAGAGCGUAGGCAUGCAUGCUCUGUUAUUGGACAGAUUUAAGACUCCAGAUGCUGAGAAUUGGAGAAAAUCUGGGGCCAUUGUGCUUCCUGACUUAGUGGCAGCUCAAGAAUGGCUUUCUUCUGAGAAAUCGACUUUCUAGAGCAGCAUAUUAUUGUUUUUAGCUCAAAAUAAUGUUUUAUAUUUGAUUCUAUCCUUUUACUGAUUUUUAUACAUAUGAGAAAUUGAAGUCACUUGGAGGGAAUCUUGCCUCAAAUUUUCCUCUAUAAGUUGAUAUUAAAAUUCAGGGCCAGACUUGGAAUUGGAUGAUGGAAAAGAGGCUGCUUCGUUUUCAA